CCCAAAAUAUUAGAUUUUAAUCUUUGAGCAACUGAAAAUGGAAUAUUUUCACCUUCGAAACAUUUACAUUCGACCCGCAUUCGACCAGUCGGCUGUACACGUAAUUUUCAACCAAGAUGGUGACUUCCGAAAACUUGCUGCGUGACCGGUUAGGUUGGAGGAGGAUGUUUGUGGUGACAGUGUUAGUGCUACUGUCAGUUACAAGUGUAAUCUCUGUGAAUAGAGACAACUUUAAAACAUGCGACCAGAGUGGUUUUUGCAAGCGUCAUAGGGCAAUGCAACCAGGGUCCAGUCCUUAUGUUGUCUUAAUGGACACUUUAAAAGUGAUGGGAACCAGUGUAGAAGUUCAGCUGGUAAAUAGAAAGAACAAUAUAAGGCUAUUACUACAAGUGUCUGCAGUAAAAGAUAACUCUGCCAGAGUGAAAAUAAAUGAGAUGGAUCCAAUCAAAAAGAGAUAUGAAAUUCCUGUAGGAGAUGCUCUAGUUGGGGAACCAAAACUACAAGACAUGAAGGUUUUAGACAGAUCAGAUAAAAGUAUAACUCUAGGUUUUGAGGAUAACAAGAUAUUGAUCUCAAGUGAACCAUUUAGAAUUGACUUUAUAAAUAAAGAAGAGCCUAUCAUCAGUAUAAAUACACAAGCAUUGCUCAAGUUUGAACACUACAGGAAAAAAGAUUCCCCGCAGGGCUGGAUAGAGGGUGUAACCUCUUGGUUUUCCGACCGUUUCAGAGCUGAGGAACAAGCGCCACCUGGUGAGGAGGGAGAAAACAAAGAAGAUGAAGAGAAGAAGGAAGAAGAAAAUGUAGAGGAAGAAAAGAAGGAAGAACAUAAGGAAGAAGAAGAACCGUCAAUGUGGGAGGAGACUUAUAAAAGCUUUCCUGACUCGAAACCACAUGGACCAUCAUCUGUUGGUGUAGAUAUAUCAUUUCCCGGGUUUGAACAUGUUUAUGGUAUACCUGAACAUGCUGACUCGAUGGCUCUCAAAACUACAAAGAGUACAGAUCCUUACAGAUUGUUUAACUUGGAUGUGUUUGAAUAUGAGCUGUAUAAUCCCAUGGCAUUGUAUGGUUCCGUUCCUGUGAUGCUGGCACACAAUGAGAAGAGAACUGUGGGUAUAUUUUGGCACAAUGCUGCAGAGACCUGGAUUGAUAUAAGUUCAAACACAGCUGAUAAGAAUUUUUUCUCAAAGAUAGCUGAUAUAGUGAAGGGAGGAAGUAAUGAGAUACCACAGACAGAUACACGCUGGAUCUCGGAGAGUGGUGUCAUAGAUGUGUUUGUCAUGCUGGGACCCUCCGCUCACGAUGUCUUCUACCAGUACGCACAACUGACAGGAACAACUAAUCUCCCACCGUUGUUUGCAGUAUCCUAUCAUCAAUGUAGAUGGAAUUAUAAUGAUCAAGAUGAUGUCAAAAAUGUGGAUGCCAUGUUAGAUCAGUAUGAUAUACCAUAUGACGUCAUUUGGUUGGAUAUUGAACAUACAGACGGCAAAAAAUAUUUUACCUGGGACAAUGAUAAGUUUUCUAAGCCAGAGGAGAUGAUAAAUAAUGUGGCAUCAAAGGGACGUAAGAUGGUGACAAUUGUAGAUCCUCAUCUUAAACGUGAUGAUAAUUACCAGGAAUACAGGGAGGCAAGAGAUAAAGGUUACAUGGUGAAGAAUAAAGAUGGCAAUGACUAUGAUGGAUGGUGCUGGCCAGGAUCAUCUAGUUGGCCUGACUUUUCUAACCCUGAAGUAAGGAAAUGGUGGGCGAGUAAGUUUCAUUAUGAGGAUUAUCAAGGUAGUACACCGGACCUGUUCACCUGGAAUGAUAUGAAUGAACCGUCGGUAUUUAAUGGACCAGAAAUAACAUUCCAUAAAGACGUUUUACAUCAUGAAGGCAUAGAAAAUAGAGAUUUACACAAUAUGUAUGGUUUUUAUGUGCAACAAGCUACAGCUGAAGGUCAGUUAUUGAGGAGUGAUAACAAGGAGAGGCCAUUUGUACUCACCAGAGCUUUCUUUGCUGGAUCACAGAGGUUUGGUGCUGUAUGGACUGGAGAUAACAUGGCAGAGUGGGGACAUUUAAAGAUAGCUAACCCUAUGUUACUAUCCCUCAAUCUGGCAGGUAUUACAUUAUCUGGAGCUGAUGUUGGUGGCUUCUUUAAAAAUCCAGAUACAGAACUUCUAACAAGAUGGUACCAGGCAGCAGCAUUCCAGCCAUAUUUCCGUGCUCAUGCUCAUAUUGAUACUAAAAGAAGGGAACCAUACCUGCAACCAGAAGAAAAUAUGAAGAUUAUACGUAAUGCAAUCAGGGCGCGUUAUUCUUACCUCCCCUUCUGGUAUACACUCUUCUAUGAUGGAGAAACAAAAGGUGUUCCUCCAAUGAGACCACUCUGGGUAGAAUAUCCUACAGAUAAAGAUACAUUUAGUAUGGAUGAUGAAUUUUUAAUAGGUAGUUCCUUGCUAGUUAAACCUAUCACUGAGGCUGGUCAGACAGGUACACAGGUAUACUUCCCAGGAGAGGGACAGGUAUGGUAUGAUGUAGAGACGUUUAGACCUUAUCCUGGAAAACAGACCACAUAUGUUGAAGCUCCAUUAUCUAAGAUUCCAGUUUUCCAGAGAGGAGGAUCUAUAGUUCCUAGAAAAUUAAGAAUACGAAGAUCAUCUUCUUUAAUGGUGCAUGAUCCAUUUACACUAAUAGUUUGUCUUGAUAGAAAAGGAGCAGCUAAGGGUAGUUUAUAUAUAGAUGACUAUCACACAUUUAACUACAGACAAGGAGAAUAUUUACUAAGAGAUUUCUCAUUUGAUCAAAAUGAAUUCCGUAGCCAGUCAGGAGAUCAGUUUGGAAAGUUUACAACGAAAGAAUGGCUUGAAAAAAUUGUUGUGGUUGGUCUUCGAACAGAGCCUACAAAAGCUGUUUUAAAAGUUAAAGGAGAGGAAUCAUCAUUACAAUGGGAAUAUAACAGUCAAUAUGGACAGCUGAUUAUACGAAAGCCGGGUGUUAAUAUUGCCUCAGAUUUUAGUAUUAAAUUAACGUGAUAGCUUAAUGUGAUCUUAAUGUAAUAAUUGUUGAGUGUAGAUGUAUUUUCAUAAGAUAGUAUAAGUUAAUAAAAGGUUUCUGUCUUGCAUUUCUUUUCUUGAGUAACAUUUAGAUUUAUUUUCCUUGUUUAAUUUAGUGACGGUAAGAUGCAAGUAUAAAUGUGGUUUGAGUUGGUUGAAUUGCUCAUGUAGGUUUUUAUAUUAUUCUUGUUUAACAAUUGCACAUUUAUUAUAAAAGGUACAAACAUGAAAUGUUGAUACCAUAUGUGGUUUCUAAGAACUGUUUAUCAUAGUUUUCAUUUUUACAGGUUAUGGAAUUAUAAAUAAAUUUUAAUGAGGUUUUGAUGUUGUAACACAUUUUAGGUUUGAUAUUAAGUAGCAGUAUGUACUGUUUUGGAGAAUACAAACUGAUAUAUAAGGAUAGCAAUAUUUUGCGUCAAAUAUAGUUUAAUUUGAUAUUUAUUUUCUGAUACAGAAGGGUUAGAAUAAGAAUAUCUUAUUUUUGAUUUGUAUUCUGUGGAAUAGAGCUUGUUUGAUCUGAUAUAAGAGAACUAUAUUGUGUGAUCCAAUUUAAUAAAUUAUAAGAGACUUUGAUACAAGUCUAAGAUCAGAUACUCUAUCAUCACCCUUCUAUAACAUUCUUUCUUAUGGUGUUACUGAAUUGUCAACUGCAAUAUAAUAAAAUAAUUUCCAGCUAAAGCAUUUACACUUUAGCAAUGUUGUGUAUUUUUGUUCAGGGUUUAUUUGUACUUGUUAGAUAACCAGAACAUGUGGCUGAAUAUCUUUAGGAAUAUAGUAUUAAAUCAUUUAUUAAUGUAUGAGGCUAAAAACAUUAAUUUCCUUGAUUUCUUUUUUUUAAUAUUUUGUUAACAUCAUAUACUUUUGGUCACUAAGUGUCAAGAUUACAUAUAUAGUUUAUAAUCAGAAUGUAUUUAUUGUAUAAAUUUAAUGGCUUUAAAUAAUUACUAUUGUAUCAAGUAAAGUCAAUAUGUCGCCUAUGCAGUCUAUAUAUGGAGAUUUUCAUCUGGAAACUGUUAAAAUAAUUCAAAUUACCAUAUUAUGAAAUAUAGUGAAAUAUAUUUAUUCUUGAACGUAACUUGUGAAGUUUGAAAAUAACACAAACAAUUUGCUUAUGUGAUUGGGAAACUGAGAAAGUGUAAGUUUAUUAAAUGUUAGUGAAACAAAGAUGUGAUUUACUCAAUAUAAAUAGGUAGUUUUCUAAGACAUUAUCAUCGCAGUUUUAUUGUAUUUUUCUAAGAUAAUGAUUUAUUGAAGGAUAAUAAUUUAAAUGUAUAAUAUUAAAAUAUAGCUAUUUUACCUAUUCUGAAGACUCCAUUUUUGAGCAAGCUAGCUUCUACUGGUAGCCUAGGAGUGAUAUAGUCUUUUUCAAAUGAACACAUUAAAUCUGGAAUGUGUUCAACAUUGCCCUGCUGGAAGGGGUAUUAACUCUUGUCAGCUUUAUAUUGUAUGAUAUCAUAUACAGAAUGUUUUAUGUUAAAAUGCCAAGUGGAGAAAAACAUUUCCAGCUUUAACUAUUACUCGUAAAGUAGAAUAUAGCCAAAAAAUCAGUCAGCAGAUUGUGUUGAAUAUUUUUUCUUGUAAGGUACAGGUAUCUAGUCAUGAAGUCUUUGAUCAUUUGCUUCCGUUUUGAGUGAAAGAAUAAAGAUCGUAAAGUAGUGUAGAUGGGGUAUGUAACAUUUAACGCAUUGACAAUUCACACUGUACUUGUACAUGAAUGAAUGAGGGACUAAACUUAUAUGAGCCGCGUCACGACAAAACCAACUUAGUGCGUUUGCGACCAGCAUGGAUCCAGACCAGCCUGCGCAUCUGCCUAGUCUGAUCAGGAUCCAUGCUGUUCGCUUAUAAAACCUAUAACAAAUAGAGAAAAUGAUAGCAAACAGCAUGGAUCCUGAUCAGACUGCGUGGAUGCGCAGGCUGGUCUGGAUCCAUGCUGGUCGCAAACGCAUUACGUUGGUUUUGUUGUGACACGGCUCAUAUGUGACCUCAAGUUUAUAACUGCUCAUCUGUUUUACUGUACGCUCAUCAGAAUUGGAACACAUUAAAAUUCAUUAACCUGAUUGAUAUUCCAUGUUGAUGUCUGUUUUAUUUUAGUAGUAUGCUUACCAUAAAUUAUUUUUUCACCAAAGAUGAUUAACAGUCAAGAUUAUUUUUAUUUAUUUUUGGGGUCAAAGAUGGCAGAUAUCAGUAAACACCAUAAAAAAUUACAGAGAAAGUUCUUUAUGUCUGUAACUAAAUAUCUUUCAUUUCUCAUUAAAGGUUCACAUAUAACACUUUAAUGUUACAGUAGAAUUUAUUGCAUUUAUUAUUUAGAUUUAGUUAUUUGUCAUAUUUUACGUGUAUUGUACUUUAUAUCUUGGUGUUAGGUUUGAACUCUGACAGGGUAGAACAGCAUUGCUACAGUUACUUUAGUAAUAACAAUUAAAUUCUGUGUUUUUAUGUAGACUGAAUGACUUCCCACCUCUAUCUUUUGUUCAUUAAGUUCAUUUAGCAGCCAGAAUUUUAUGUCUUUGUUAAUAUUAAUUCACACAAAAUAUUUGACCAAUAGAGUAUGAUGACCUGUGUUCAGAUAUUUGUCUUUUCAAGAUAUAAUUAUUAUUUAAGAACACGCAUGGUGUUAGACAUUGGGUUGGUUGAUAUUAACAUGGUACAUGUACUUACAAAGUUCAUAACAGUCAAGACAACAUUUUCUUUACAGUUAGCCAGUUUGGUUUUACCAUAGUAACGGAUUAGCCUGUACAGCUUUUAAGGGACAUUUUUUUUUUCUUUUUAUAAGUACCAUAACAAUUUUUGUUUUACUAAGACAUAUGUUUCAUAUUGUUAUUUUUUGUGGGUUCUUUUCCGCCAGACUUGUUUUGAAAGAUAAUAGUUAUAUUUUUCAGGAAUUUACAUAUACAUCAUUAUUGUUGAUCAUGCUAAAAGUGCUAUAAUUUAGUGUUACUAUGUACAUAAUCAUAUAUUCUCGACUACCAGUCUAUAAUGUUAUAUUCUAUAAAUAGUUAUUAUAUUGAGAAAAUUAAUGAUGCAAUACUUAACAUAUUGAUGUAGUUAUUAAUACAUUUAAUCUUAUUUAUGCUAUUUAACAUGUUUAAAAUGGUCAGUUCUAAUUUAACUUCUCUAAGAACUGUAAAUAGUCACACAUACUGUUUAAUUAAUAUCUCUAGUUCGUUUUCCUAGUAUAAUACCAAGGUAUGGAUAAAAUUACAUGAACAGAUGAUCUAAUAUCUUAUCAUUGGGUUUGUUUGAUAAUAUGUUAUAUAAUACCUUCAAUACAGGCUGAGUAGUUUAUGUAUUUACAGUUGCUAUAGAAACUAUAUUUAUCAUUGAAAUCCAGUUCAUUAUAGUCUUCAUUGCUUUUGUCUAGAUUAUUGUACAUUUAUAAUCAAAAAGUGCUACAGACCUGCAGAACGUUAUUGUUUUAUCUGAUUGUUUUCAUUGUGAGAAUGGUUAUAAGACGAGUUUUGUGAUAAUCCCAUAUUUGAAGUUUCAGUUUGAUAAUUACUACUCUUAUAAUACUUGAGUAGCAGAUAAUGAAUGAAAACAGCGAAUGUCUCACACAAGUAGAUAUGUAGGUUAUUUACAUAACAGAACAGUUUUGUUCUGUUCUGUUAUUUACAAUUCAAGACAGACAUAAUAAAUUUUAUUGUCAAGCAAUAUUUUAUAAUUGGUCAUAUCAAGGGUUAUUAUUCAUUUCAAUUAGUAACUGAUAAUGUUGCAUUGACAAUAUUAUGUGGUAGGUAAGUCUAAAAUGGUCUUAAUUUAUAAACUAAUUAAAUCAUUCAUUCCCACCAGUAUUAUCAUUCCAAAAACAUAAUUGCAGUUGUCUAAAGGCAGGCAUACAUAGAGAUAUUCUUUCCUAAUUGAUUAGGUAUGUCACAUGUAAAGGCUGUAUAUUAUAUCCAAUGUUAACAUUGUUAACAAGCUACUUAGUUAAAGAUAGAAUGCUUCUUUCCACAAAGAUAUUGGAGUUGUUGUAAUUAUUUUAUUGAAAUGUUCAUAGAGAUACUUGAACUAUGAGAUCAUGUACCAAAAUAUUUUUCAUGUUUAAAAGAAAACAUUAAUUGUAUUGUUUGUGUAAAGCUGUUAAAUGAAAAGUCUUUAGAAUGCUAUUACAUGUGUGAACAUUUAGUGAACGUGAAGUUGUAAAUCGUGCACAUUGAAUUUGUACACAAUUAUGAUAUUGAUUUUUUUUCAAUGAAAAAUAAAAAUUGAAACAUAUCAGUA